AAUAUUCACCAAUCAAAACGAUUCACGAAACACCAAGACGGAGCCAUGUUUGCGUGUUGAAAGCGUGCUCUAUAAGAUGUAGCGACGAAGGCGACGGGUUUGCUGCUGUUUCUUGAUUGUCACGAUGCCGCGACUUUCAUCUUACAAUAAAACUGAUAACACUGAAGGAUAAUUUUACUUGUAUAUUCAAUAUCUACUUUUGUCUUUAUUGUAACGCGUAAAAAUGGCACAGACAGGAUCGACUCAAACUACCGGGGUUUUACCCCCCGAGCAACAUGGUUACAUCCCUGACAAAUUGAAGAAAGCAGAAAAGCGGAUAGAGGCCCAUCCAUACGACACGGAAGCAUGGAGUGUUCUCAUCAGGGAUGCACAGAUGAAGACCAUAGAAGUUGCGAGACAGGUGUACGAGCGACUUGUAGCACAAUUUGCCAACGCUGGGAAGUACUGGAGGAUUUACAUAGAACAGGAGCUGAAAGCCAAAAAUUAUGAACGAGUUGAAAAGCUGUUCCAGCGCUGUUUAGUGAAGGUUUUGAGUAUAGACCUGUGGAAGCUUUACCUGACCUAUAUAAAGGACACUAAAGGAUCCCUACCGUCCUACAGGGAAAAAAUGGCACAGGCCUACGACUUUGCACUGGACAAGAUGGGGAUGGACAUCAUGUCAUACCAGCUAUGGGUAGAUUAUAUCAACUUUCUCAAAUCAGUGGAUGCUGUUGGAUCAUAUGCAGAGAACCAGCGCAUCACAGCUGUGAGGAAGGUGUACCAGCGAGGUGUGGUCAACCCAAUGAUCAACAUAGAGGCCCUUUGGAAGGACUACUGUGCAUACGAAAAUAACAUAAAUCCACUGAUUGCGAAAAAGAUGACAGAAGAUCGAGGAAGAGAUUACAUGAAUGCCCGAAGAGUUGCCAAGGAGUACGAAGCUGUGACUCGAGGACUCAACAAAAGCCUUCCCUCCAUUCCUCCAUCCAACUCACCAGAGGAGGCACAACAGGUUGAGCUGUGGAAAAAGUACAUAGCCUGGGAGAAAGGCAACCCGCUAAGGACAGAAGAUCAUGCUCUCAUCACGAGGCGAGUGAUGUUUGCCUAUGAGCAGAGCUUGCUGUGUCUAGGGCAUCACCCAGACAUCUGGUACGAGGCAGCCUCCUACCUAGAGGAAUCCAGUAAAAUCCUUACAGAGAAAGGAGAUCAGAAUGCAGGGAAGAUGUUUGCUGAUGAGGCCGCAGCAGUGUAUGAGCGGGCCAUCACAACCCUCAUGAAAAACAAUAUGUUGGUGUACUUUGCAUAUGCUGAUUUUGAGGAGAGUCGUAUGAAAUAUGAAAAAGUCCAUAGCAUAUAUAAAAGGAAUCUGAAUGUCCAAGAUGUAAAUCCAACUCUGUCAUAUAUCCAGUACAUGAAGUUUGCCCGCAGAGCUGAAGGUAUCAAGUCAGCUCGAUCUGUGUUCAAAAUGGGACGCGAGGACAACCGCACCAAGUAUCAGGUCUUCGUCGCCGCAGCCCUCAUGGAAUACUACUGCAGUAAGGAAAAGAAUGUUGCUCUGAAGAUAUUUGAGUUAGGGUUAAAGAAGUAUGGUGAAUGUCCCGAGUAUGUCCUGUGUUAUAUGGAGUUCAUGUCUCACCUGAAUGAGGAUAACAAUACAAGGGUCCUGUAUGAAAGAGUGCUGUCAUCUGGUCAAAUUCCACCACAGAAGUCCAUUGAAAUUUGGAGUAGAUUCCUGGCAUUUGAAUCUGAAGUUGGAGAUCUGGCCUGUAUACAGAAAGUUGAAAAGCGAAGAGCUCAGGCCAUUGAAAAGGUGCAAGAGUUUGAAGGAAAGGACACGGCUUUAUUGAUAGAUCGGUACAAAUACCUUGACCUGUAUCCUUGUACAACAAGUGAACUGAAGGCUGUCGGAUAUUACGACUUGGCUAGGCAGCAGGUGGUCCAGCUACCUUCCAACAGUGUGACCAAGGUGGUGAUGGAAGAGGAGGAGGGCAAGAAGGCACCGGAAUACCCUAAACCUGAUAUCGAACAGAUGUUGCCCUUCAAACCCAGGAUGAUCAUACCUAAUGGAUCUCACAUUGUGGAAGGAGGUGUUUUCCCCCCUCCCCCUUCAGCUGCCAAUCUGAUGACGCAGCUUCCUCCUCCAGAAUGUUUCCACGGACCAUUUGUAGUCAUGGAUGCUUUCAUAGAGCAUAUGAAGAAACUGAUGUUACCUGAUCUGCCUCUUCCACAAGAGAAUGGUGUUGACAGCAAACCAGACAUCGGUACUCAGUUCUCCAUAGACUUGGCUAUGGGCAGGAAACGCAAAAUCACAGAAGGGGAAGAAAGUGACGAAGAAAGAAAGCAAAUAUUACACUGGUUUCGCAAGGGCUUACGAUUGCACGACAACCCAGCUCUGAGAGAUGCUCUGAAAGGAAGUUCCACUUAUCGCUGUGUAUAUGUCCUGGACCCUUGGUUCGCUGGUUCAUCACAAGUUGGAAUCAACAAAUGGAGGUUCCUGUUACAAUGUUUGGAAGACUUGGACUGCUCGUUGAGGAAACUUAACUCAAAACUGUUUGUUGUGCGGGGUCAGCCAACAAAUGUAUUUCCACGCCUGUUCAAGGAGUGGAACAUCACAACCUUGUCGUUCGAGGAAGACCCCGAGCCAUUUGGGAAGGAGCGGGAUGCCGCCAUUAAAGCUCUAGCUAAUGAAGCAGGUGUGGAGACAAUCGUUCGCACAUCCCACACGCUGUACGACCUACAGAGGAUUAUAAACCAAAACAAUGGAAUGUCGCCUCUGACGUACAAGCGGUUCCAAAUGAUCCUGUCCAAGAUGGACCCUCCAGAACAGCCUGUGGAAACGAUCAACGCAGCUUAUCUGGGAAAAUGUAGGACACCUCUUACCGAUGAGCAUGAUGAACACUAUGGAGUACCCACCCUUGAAGAACUGGGAUUUGACACAGAGGGCUUAAAACCAGCAGAACUUCGGGGAGGGGAAAUGGAGGCCUUGUCUCGACUGGAACGGCACUUAGAAAGAAAGGCUUGGGUAGCCAGUUUUGAGAAGCCAAAGAUGACAGCCCAGUCAUUAUUCCCCAGCCAAACAGCUCUCAGUCCAUACCUGCGGUUUGGCUGUUUGGCGCCCCGCCUAUUUUACUGGAAACUAGCAGAGCUGUUCAGAAAGGUGAAAAAGCAAUCGGAUCCCCCUUUGUCGCUGCAUGGGCAGCUAUUAUGGCGGGAAUUCUUUUACACCGCAGCCACCAAUAAUCCAAACUUUGAUCGGAUGAAGGAUAAUCCUAUAUGUGUCAAGGUCCCAUGGGAUCACAACCCAGAAGGCCUGGCCAAAUGGGCAGAGGGUAUGACGGGUUAUCCAUGGAUUGAUGCAAUAAUGAGACAGUUGAAGCAGACAGGCUGGAUCCAUCACCUAGCCAGAUAUUCAGUGGCAUGUUUCCUUACGCGCGGGGAUUUAUGGAUCUCCUGGGAGGAGGGCAUGAAGGUAUUUGAUGAACUACUGCUGGAUGCUGACUGGAGUGUAAAUGCUGGGAUGUGGAUGUGGCUAUCCUGCAGCUCCUUCUUUCAGCAGUUUUUCCACUGUUACUGUCCGGUGGGCUUUGGAAAGCGGGCAGACCCUACUGGAGACUUCAUCAGAUCCUACGUGCCUGAACUGAAGAACUACCCUUCUAAGUAUAUCUUUGAGCCCUGGAAUGCCCCGCCGUCCGUCCAAAAGGCAGCCAAAUGUGUGGUAGGGAAGGACUACCCCCUUCCUAUUAUUGAUCAUGGUGAUGCCAGCAAAGUUAAUAUGGAACGCAUGAAGCAGGUGUAUCAACUCUUAGCUCAACGGGCAUCUGCAGUGUCAUCUAUUCCAAAACACACUGACUACCUGACACACAAGACAACAAUGGCGCUCACAGGUGCCACGUCUGGAAACCACCCAACCCGAGUCCCACUGAGCUGUAACGCUGCUGACCAGCAGACAAACAACGACGGUACUGAUCAAACCAUGAGCACCAGUUUCGCUGUGUACUCAAGUGCUUCUUGAAUUAAGAACAUUAUGAAAAUAACAACAUUUCACCACAGUACACCAUAAUGGAUUCAUCCCGUUAAAUGCUUGGUAGAGUCUAUUAAAGUUAUCUACAGGUUAAAAGGUGUGAACUGUGUGUAACAAUUUAUUGUAAUUAUAUCAAAAUGGUGUUGGGAGUGUAAACAGUGUUCUUUUCCCAUCUUUUCACUGUGAAAUAAGUCAUGAUGGCUCCAUGAUCCGUGUGUAUGUAUCAUUGAAACUUAUAUAUAACUUUGUGAACGGUAGACGAUACGAAGACCUACUAUCUUGUAACAAAUGUGAUCUGGCGGUAUGUUAAAACAUGAUUCAUUGCUAUUGUUAAUACAUUCACUGUAUCUAUUGGUUCAAAUGAAACAAAACAUUUGCUAAUUUAGAUAUACAUGUAUAUUGAAGGUUUCAAGUUAUAGAACAUGUUUUAAGGUGAUAUAAAUAAUGUAGAAGUUGUUUGAGUGAAAUGUUACUGACCACAGGGAAAUUUUCCCUACAAUUUCAAUUUGGACCUUUUUUGCAUUACAUAAUGAUAUCCAAUUAUUAUUAUUACAGCAUGCUUUAGUAAACAACAUAAUAAACACAAUAACAUUAAAAAUGUAUAGAGUGAUUUAACACUAAUUAAGUUAAGAUUUUACUAAAUGUAAUGUUGGCAGAAUGUUCAAUUUGGUGAAAGUUUCCACUGGUAUUAUAAUGGACUCGUUUUAAGUCCAAAUUAGUUCCUACUAUUUAUUAACACUAACCUUUUAUAUCUGAUUUCACUUGUGAUUUGAAUGGAAAGAUCUGAACUUCUCUAUGAUACUUUAGAAUCAUAAUGCUUUAUAGUCCCCCAACGGUAUUACUCCAAGUUUGCAUCCCUGUGCAUCAGUCAGUCAUCCUGUCUGUACAUCACUUGGUCUUGGGUAUGCGUCAUAUACUGUCACAUACAAUAACCAAAUUUUGAAUACAAGUACCUUUUGGGUAUUGACAUUGGGUCACUUGCCCCUCUAUAUGCAGAGUUAUGGCCCUUUAGUUUAUCGCAUUCCAGACAAUUGAACUAGUUUGACCAGAGUUGUUCGUUUAUGAAAAAAGGUCGGACCUAGUAAUCUGAUGCUGCCUUGACAAGGCCUCGCCAGACCUGCAUAUUCAUUUGCAGGUCCCCCAGGAUUUAUACCCUCAAGUGUUACAUUUAAAAACAGACAUACGGUUCAACCAGAUACACAAAUGGGGCCUUUGUCUGGAGCCUAAUCCUAUGUAUUACACUGUAACUUAUCAGUACCAGAUUUUAUAUGUAAAUACCUCUUGGGAUGGUGUGGUAUCACAUACUAAAAUCUUGCCUCUCGCCAAAUCGACGCAGAUCUAGAGUUAUGGCUCUUCAUUCAGUUUUGGUUCCACAGUUUUUCCAAAGGUGGGAGACUAUAGAUUGCUUGAAAUAAAUCUUUACCUUUCUGUUAGUGAAUAUUUCUCCAAAAAUGCACAAAGCCAUUUUGAACAUUUCGUAUGAAAUACAUUCAGGCCAACUUGUAUACUGAAAAUUUGAAUGUCAUCUUGAAAAAUAUGUCGAGAUGAUUACUGGUAAGUGAAAUUAGAUACUGUUAUGACAUCAGAAUAAUUUUGUGUUUAAUGAUUCAUGGACCCUAAUAUAGAUAUAAUCCUAACAUUUUUACAAAUCGUGUCCAAUGAUUCAUUUUAUCUGCUGUACCCAGCAAAGAUUAAUGACACCUCACAUUGUUAGGGUUGAAAAUGAUGUGAUUAUUGUCAAUCUGACAGAUAUUGAUUUAUCUUAAAGGCAGCUUAUUGAAUAUAGUUGUUGAAAUGAUUGUUUUUCACUUGUCCAUUUGUAUAUAAUGAUGUGCUGUAACAUAAUCAACGCUUUUCUCAAAAUUUGUGAAAAGGCCUUUAGAAUUAGUUCAGUGUGAAUUGCUAGUAAGUAUUAAUACAUAUGUAUUCUUUUUAAAUUAUUAUUGUUAUUUGUCUCAAUAUUAUCGCCAGAUUUUACUUCAUAGAAAUCGGUCUAAAGUUAUAUACUGUAAAACCUUGAAAUACGUCCACCAUUCGCCCAAGAAGUUUGGUGUUAUUUAAAAAAAAUAAACAAGAAAAAUGGACAUAAUUAUUGGCGAUAAACGAGAUGGAAAUUGAAACCAGGAUUUAUUGU